CGGCCGUCAGUACGUCUGCAGCGGCCGGCGGGAGCGCACCACUCCACACCUCACCACGCCACACCACUCCAGCCACGCAGAGCCAUGUUCCCGGCGUUUCCUGCCAACUUGACGCGUCCGGAGGGCGUGCCAGCAGAGUUCGGCUGGGUGGACUACCUGCUGUUCGCGCUCACGCUCGUCAUUUCCGCGCUCAUCGGCGUCUACUUCGCCUUCUUCGACCCCAAACGCCAGAACACGCGUGAUGGCUACCUCAUGGGCGGCCGUACUAUGGGGAUCUUCCCCAUAUCGAUGUCGCUUAUAGCAAGUUACAUUUCUGGCAUAUCAUUGCUGGCAAUACCUGCGGAAAUGUACGUUUACGGAACACAGUAUUGGGUAGCAGUGACUAGCGACAUACUCGCCAGCUUGACAAUGGCAUUCAUUUACCUGCCAGUGUUUUAUCAACUGAAGAUAGUUUCUUCGUACGAGUACCUGGAACUACGAUUCAGCAGACCAGUCAGACUAUUCGGCUCCGUUGUCUUCCUCAUUAAAAUGAUGCUCUAUAUUCCCAUAGUCAUCUACGUGCCAGCUCUUGCUUUCAGUCAAGUUACAGGUUUCAACUUGCAUUUAGUAACACCUGUUGUUUGUAUCGUCUGCAUCUUUUACACAAUGUUGGGAGGAUUGAAAGCUGUUGUAUGGACUGAUGCUUUACAAACAGUGCUAAUGUUUGGUGGAGUCAUCGUGGUGAUGAUACUGGGAACAGUGUAUGUUGGUGGCCCCACUGCUGUAUGGCAGCGUGCUAUCGAUGGGGAGAGGAUUGAGUUCUUCAAACUAAGUCUGGAUCCAACGGAGAGACAUACUAUCUGGAGUGUUGUUAUAGGAAACUACACUAGUGUACUUGCUGCCUUUGCUGUUAAUCAAGCCAUGGUACAACGAGCUCUUGCCAUGUCAUCAAUAAGGAAAGCAAAAAUAACAAUUGGUAUUCUGGCCAUAGGGCUUGCGUGCAUAGUCAGCAUGUGCUGCUACACAGGACUUGUCAUUUAUGCUACAUUCUUUGUCUGUGAUCCUAUAUCUACAAAGCAAAUUGGGAAAGCUGAUCAGUUGCUGCCACAUUUUGUAAUGGCCAUAUCAAAGGGUAUCCCUGGCCUCCCUGGCCUCUUCAUGGCUGGAGUCUUUAGUGCUGCUUUGAGUUCAAUGUCAACUGGACUCAACUCCAUGACUGGAAUAAUAUUUGAAGACUUGAUACGACCAUGUGUGAAGAAGCCAAUUUCAGAAGCUAGAGCAAGCUUUAUCAUGAAGGUUAUGGUGGCUCUCAUAGGAGCCUUGUGUGUGGCACUUGUUUUUCUUGUAGAAAAGCUUGGCACAUUGCUCCAGGCUGGCCGAAGUUUAUCAUCAAUUACAGCAGGACCACUACUUGGGGUCUUCAGUCUGGGGCUACUUUUUCCAUGGGCAAAUGGAAAGGGUGCCCUGGUUGGUGGAAUCACAAGUAUGUUACUGGUUGGCUGGAUUUCAGUAGGUUCACAAACAGCAAUUGCUGGUGGCACCUUAUAUUUUGAAACCAAGCCAACUUCAAUUGCAGGGUGCCCUGAGAUGCCAACAGUAGCACCUGCUUCUCUGCCCAGGUCUGAAGCUUUUGUGUUGUACCAGCUUUCAUAUAUGUGGUAUACAUUGGUUGGGUGUGCCACUGCCCUGUUUGUGGGAAUAAUAACAAGUUUCAUCACUGGAGCAACACGGGUAGCCGAUGUUGACAGAGCAUUUCUUAGUCCUGCAGUUCACUGGUUGCUUCCUUCACAAAAGGAAGGAGCAGAGAUGGAGAUGCCAAAAAGAAAGGAUCCAUGAGGUUUUAAGACUCCAAAUCUUACAGGUGAUUUAUGAAGCAUCAUUUCAGAACUGCCAUGAUGACAUGUUGAACAGACUACUGGCAGAGGAACCAGAGAUGCCACACACAUUGUCAGCUAACGAAGAGAGUCUGUUGCCAUGUAUAAAAAAAAAAAAAAAUACUUUAUCAUUUCUCUAUUACUCUGGACAGCAAACUGAAAACAAAUACUGCACUUAAUGCAGCAGAAUGUAUUUUUGGCCAUUUUUAAUGUGUAUAACUCCAAAUACGAAGAACAGAAGACUCCUUUCAUUCAAAUAGUUCUUAUAAUAUCAGAUUAUCUCUUCCAUUUGAUACUUCUGUCAUUUUAAAUAAUAAUAAUAAAAAAAAUGUGGCAACAGCAUGCAGUCUCAAGAUGGAUAACUUAAGCAACAUGGCCUGAUCUCAUACUAUAUGUGUGGUUGUGACUAAACUGUAAUUAGUCACACCAACAACAAAUGUUCCCAAAAAUCAAUACAUGCAGUUUGUAACAUUAAAGAAUUUCAUAUAUGUGAGGCCAAUUAGGAAAUACAUUAAAUAAGAGUUGUACUGUACUAUGGAUGAAAGUUCAUAGGAUUUCAUAUUGUCAAUAUUUGACUGUGCUCUUAAGUGCUCACUGUUUUUAUAUUUAGGAAGAUCCUUGUAAUUGCAUUUUAAGUUCAGUAAUUAUAAAAUAUGUGAGUACACAGCAAAUAUUUCUUAAAUUGAGCCUUUUUCAUGUUUCCAUAACUGAAGCAGGUGUGUCUCGUCAGGAUCUACAACAUCGCAGAAACUGCAGUUAAAAAAAAAAUUAUGCAUUCAUAUGUAAAGAAAGCUCCACUGGAUUUGUUUAUUUUUAAAAUAAAUUA